AUCACGGACAGAAAAACCGCUCAAUAAAGAAAAGUAACAGCAUAAAGAAGACUCAGCCUCCCCUUCCUGUGUCGAAGAUUGAUGACAGGCUGGAGCAGUACACACAGGCUAUUGAGACAUCCACAAAGGCUCCAAAACCUGUCCGACAGCCCUCUCUUGAUCUUCCCACCACGAGCAUGAUGGUAGCCAGCACGAAAAGCCUCUGGGAGACUGGAGAGGUUGCAGCUCAGUCUGCCGUGAAGUCCUCGCCCUGUAAGGAUAUUGUUGCUGGAGACAUCGUGAGUAAAAGAAGCCUUUGGGAACAGAAGGGCAAUCCCAAACCCGAGACCAACGUCAAGUCCACUCCUUCUGGCAAAAAGUACAAAUUUGUUGCAACAGGCCAUGGCCAGUACAAGAAGGUGUUGAUAGAUGAUGCUGCAGAGCAAUAGCACGCCUGGAGAACUCAUUAACCAGCUGAGCUUGGUCCUGGCUUGAUGCAACCCUCAAUGCCACUAUUUCCUCUGCUCCACAGAAGAUAACUGAAGGAUGUUUCUCUUCUCCUGCCUGAUGUCAGUCUGCUUUGGCGCAGCCUGACUCCUCUCGGGGUGUGAGCAAUACCCCACGCCACCUCCGGAUGGAU